AUGGCCGAAAUCAACGAAAAGGGGCCCGCAGAGGCUCCGGUUACCGAGCCGUCCUCCGAUGUAGAGAAGCGACCCGCAUCAAUCACCUCCGGUCCGACUGAGCCUGCUUCGAAGCAAACCGCAAAAAACCAAUCAAAAUCUGGCGCUGAUGCAGCUUUGGAGCUGCUCAACGAGACGGGCCCGUUGGGCCAUGCCGUGGACCCCGAGAGCAACCGCAGACUGAAACGUCGUAUCGACACCCAUAUCAUGCCACUGAUCUGCAUCGUCUAUUUCCUGCAGUACAUCGACAAGACCGCUAUCUCGUACGCCAGCGUCACCGGUAUCCAGAAAGACACUGGCUUGCAUGGAAACCAGUUCAACUGGGUUGCGUCUAUCUUCUUCUUCGGUCAGCUCGCCUUCGAGUUCCCCACCAUCCGUCUCAUUCAACUUUUCCCCCUGGCCAAGUAUACCUCCGUCAAUAUCACACUAUGGGGUGUCGUCUUGGCUUGCCUCGCUGCUUGCAAGAACUAUGCCGGCCUCCUCGUCUGCCGCUUUCUCCUCGGCGUAUUUGAAGCGGCAGUCGUACCUGCUUGGGUUCUCUUCACUUCACAAUGGUACACCAAGCAAGAACAGGCCUUCCGUGUCGGCAUUUGGUUUUCUGUGUGCGGUGCUGCGCAAAUGUUUGGCGGCUUCUUUGCUUACGGUGUCGCUGUUCAUGUCGGAAAAGAUCCGAAUGCCCUUUUGCGGGGUUGGCAGUUCAUCUUUCUGUUCCUGGGAUUGUUGACAACUGUGGUUGGCAUCGUAUUCUGGUUCAUCAUGCCCGACUCCCCUGCAACGGCUUCUUUCCUCUCCCAAGGGGAAAAGGCGACGCAUCUGGAGCGUAUUCGCGAAAACGAGCAGGGUAUCGGAUCGCAGCAGUUCAAGUGGUCUCAUGUAUGGGAGGCCCUGACGGAUACCAUGACCUGGCUAUACUCAUUCUGGAUUUUCGCAGCCAACAUUCCCAACUCUAUUGCCACCAGCUUCGGCAACAUUCUUGUUAAAGGAAUGGGAUACACGAGCGAGGAAUCGCUACUCCUCGUCACGCCUCUCGGUGCGUACGAAAUCGUGGCCUUGGUCGGUCUGACCUGGCUGGCAAUGAAGACGAGGCAGCGCCUGUACUGGUGUAUUGCGGGCCAUAUUCCUGCCAUUGUGGGUGCCAUUUUGAUGGCGACAACAGAGAGGGUACCUGCGCUGAUAGGAUACUACACAACGGGAGGUAUUCCAAUCGGAUGGACUACGAUUCUGGGUCUUCAGUCCACAAACGUGGCCGGCUCGACCAAGAAAAUCACCGUCGCAUGCAUCGGUACCAUCGCAUAUACCGUGGGCAACAUCAUCUCGCCGCAAACCUUCCAGAGCAAAGAUGCGCCUAGAUAUCUCCCGGCCAAGAUUUCCAUCUGCAUUAUAUACUUCUUGGUCACAGUUGACCUAUUUGUCAUGCGUUGGGUAUUGGACAGGAGGAACAGGAAGCGGGAUGCCGAAAAGGCGGCUCUGGGCGAAGCGUAUAGAGCGGAAGAGAAUCACGAAUUCUGGGACUUGACGGAUUUGGAAAACAAAGAGUUUAGAUAUGAGUUGUAA